AAAUGUUGAGAAGGGUUUGACAAUAUUGAUUCAAAGCUCAAGUACUGAUUUUUCUCGCCGUCAAACAUUUCAGUAUGCAGCUUGCGGACCAUAGUAACAGAUAUUCUUUAGUUGCAUCAGUACUAGUGAGAUACCUGGUAUGUACGAACAGGUGGGAAUUGGAAACUAGAAAAAGACGUUUCUAACGCUACAUCAUCGGAGAAAUGUGUCAAUUAUUAAGUGUUGAGUGUAUAUAGUAGAAUAUUCACAUUUAUUCAGAAGAAAAUUCUGCAAAACGUAAUAGGCAUAAAUCGACUCUGACUGAACUUGAAAGAGGCGGAAUUUUACGUAAUAUAUUCGUAUUUACAUGAAUAUCAAGUGAUCCUGGAUUUAACAUUUAAGAUAUUGAAACGUAAUGGAGUUUUGAUGAUCAAAGCAGUUUGUGAAUAUAACAAUGCGGACCUUCGUUAGUAUAUUCUUGUUGCAAGUGAGCCAGAUGGCUUUUCUAGUAAUGUGUUUCAUUCCUACAGACGAACAACGUUUGUUAGACAAAUUGCUAACAUCUUAUAAUCCUGCGUCCAGACCUGUCUAUAACGCCUCGGACACUGUCACUGUCAAAUUUGGUCUAACAUUGGCUCAAGUUUCAGACAUGGAUGAAGUUAACCAGGUAUUGACAACCAUUGUGUGGCUUGAACAGGAAUGGAUAGAUGAACGUUUACGGUGGAACCCGGAUGACUUUGGCGGACUGAAAACCCUCCGAAUGCCAUGCGAUAAGAUUUGGUUGCCUGAUAUGGUUCUUUAUAAUAAUGCCGACGACUUUACCACUGGUUAUAUGCAGAGUAAAGCUAUGGUCAGUUUUGAAGGCGUUGUGUUCUGGCCGCCACCGGCAAAAUUCAGAAGCUCAUGCAAAAUUGAUAUCACAUUUUUCCCUUUUGAUGAUCAGUUAUGCAAAAUGAAGUUCGGGUCUUGGACCUACGAUGGGUUUCAGGUUGAUGUAACCAACCGAUCAGCUAAUGUGGAUCUGUCAAACUACAUAUACAGUGGAGAAUGGGAUCUCAUUGACAUUAUUGUUGUCCGUAAUACGGUGACGUACGCCUGUUGUAUAGAAUUCUUCCCCGACGUUACGUUUUCAAUUAUCAUGCGACGUCGGACGUUGUAUUAUCUGUUUAAUAUUAUAUUUCCGUGUUUAUGGUUGACUGUUUUAAGCCUGCUUGGAUUCUGGCUGCCUCCUGACAGUGGAGAAAAAAUUACACUCGGGAUAACAGUGUUGCUCGCCUUUUCUGUGUUUAUGCUACUAAUUGCAGAAAACAUGCCUGCCACAUCAGAGUUUGUACCGCUAAUAGGCAUUUAUCUCACAGUAACUAUGGGAAUGACGUCAUUAUCAAUUGUGCUGACAGUUUUCGUGCUUCAACUACACCAUGUUGGACCACAUCAGCGUGGGGUUCCAAAAUGGCUGCAAAUUUUAUCGCAUGAUAUACUUGCUAGUAUUCUAUGUCUUAGACCGAGAGUAAAUCCAUUCAUUUACCAUUCUGCAAGAAAAUCGGACACGUGUCUUAGCUCUUACAUCGAUUCUUUGGAUUCUACAAAUUGCAAUGGGAUUGUUGUUAACAAACAAAAUCACGUGAAUAAUACGUCACAAGUGACGUCAACGACACCAACGCAGCAAGUACAUUAUCAGUUUGAAAACUCUUAUAAUAAUCGCAUUUCGGACGCUGAAAUGGAUGAAACACAAGACAAAAUAACUGCGUCGCUGAAAUUAUUAGUUGAGAAACAAGACUUGGAAGAGCGCCAUCAAGACAUCGUGAAUGAAUGGAGAUUUGUUGCUUUGAUCAUGGACAGAUUUUUAUUCUGGCUUUUUCUUUUAGCCGCCGUGAUGUCUUCAGUUAUUAUUUUGGUGGUCAUGCCAAUGAAUAAACCGUCGGUGCGCAACUAAACAUGGGCUUAUAUGCUUGACUAUCAGAUUUUGUAACAUUUAAGUCAAUCAACCAAAGGCGCUGAGGAAGUAACUGAACAAAGAAUAUGGGUGUAGUGGUGAAAUAGACUUAUUUGAAAUAGUAAAAUUCGGUCAGUUUGCAUACAAAUUUUAAUUUCGCUCGUGUUCUAAGGUAUAAAGGAUAAAAGCAAAAAUAUAUAGUAAAACGUAUCUUACAGAAUGAAAACAUAAAUUGUCCUGAUAAUUCAAAGGCAUAAACUUUAAAGAUAUCUCUUUUCCUGACUUUUUAAGUACCGAUCAAAUUGACAUCAUAGCACACCGGAAAAGUAAUGUAGAAUAAAUGCUGAAAUGUCUGCCAGCGCAAAACGUCCGAAAGUUAAACAUGAGAUAAAUACUUAUAAAAUAGACAAUAAAGCAUUUCUAAAACAUUAGAACACCAAAACAUGGCAACAUGUAAAUGUAGAGCAGAAUAUAUAUUUUUCUAAACAGAUAUCUGAGAUCAUUUUAGUUUACAGUGUUUGCGUAUAUUAACCACAUGUACAACACGACGAAUCCAAAACCGUUAAGGAAACUGCUUGGUUUUAGAAGAAACUUGUAUUUGGCUGAUGUCGGAGUUAGUGAUACUCUUUGCAUUUUAUGGCGUUUAAAACCCUUAAUGAAAAGAAAAACAAAUCUGAACAAAAAACAACCGACGUUAACUGCUCCUCUGGGUUUUGGUUCCCACUUCGUAACAUUGUAACCUUAUUUGUAUAUUAUGGCACCCGGGUAAAUCAACGGAUAUUUCUCUAUGCUGAUAUCAGUUCUUGAAAACAAUUGUUUGGCUUCUUUAGAAGAUUACGGGCGUUUAAGUAUAACAGGCUUUUCUAGCUCAUCUAAAAAGAUCUGUCUAUCUCGAAGACAUUUUCAAGUCCCGUCCCGAAAGAACGUGCAAAUGAUAUCAUUUUAAGUCGAAUUUGGUAAUCUCGAAGUAAAAUGCUCGAUCUAUUAGAAUUCGAGAUAACGCGUUUCAUCUGUAAUUGUACCAGUUGGUGUAAUUAUCUAAAGUAAACGUCUUCGAAGACUGUGGCGAUCAAGCAUAAAUGUUCUUGGCAUAAGCAGGAGACAUUCAGUAACUUUUAAACUCAUAUCUGAUGGUCAAGCAUAUUUAGCACCAGUUUACAGCUAUAUGUGAUAAGCCCGCCUUAAAAACAAUAUGGAUAGGUUAGUGAGUCAAAUUGCAUUAUUACACAAAAGACAUCCACAGAUGUACAUACACACAUUACUGAGUAGUUGCUUGUAAUUAACAUUGAAUUUAUCAUGAUACAAGCGGUAUGGUGUGAGAAAACACUCUUCUGUUGGUAUGUUGUAAAAUAUCACUCUAUAUUACAAAUGUGUGUUACCUACUCCUUAAACUCCUGUGUUUCUCUUAUAAUCAGCUAAUUACUAAAACUGUCUGCAUCAGACUAGUAAGAGAAUAUAUCAAAACUGAGUUUGACAAUGGGUACUAUGCAAAUCGUCUCUUCUCCUGUCGAGAAUGUUGCAGUUUUUACAGUUGUACAAUAUGACUAAAUAAUGAAUGUUAGUAGUCGUAAUAUGAUUUUGAAAAUUAAACAUACCGUGGUA